AGGUUCAAAACAAAUUAGGGCAGGGAUGGAACCUCGAAGCAAUGAGCGACACGCAACGGAUCUUUGUGUCCAUUGCGAGCUACCGAGACAGCCAAUGCCAGUAUACCAUCCAGGACCUGUUCCAAAAAGCGAAGUCACCGGGACGAGUCGUGGUCGGGGUUUGCUUCCAAGUCGCACCGGAGGAUGCAGAUAACUUUUUAAUUGACCUCAACCCAUGGUGCAAGCAAAUCCGGACUUGCUUUCUCCCGCACCGAGAGGCAAAAGGACCGUGCUAUGCGCGAUGGCUCAUACAACAAGAGCUUUUCCAGGAUGAAUGCUACUACUUUCAGAUCGACAGCCACAUGCGCUUUGUGCAGGAUUGGGACGAUAUUUGCUUGGAGCAGUUGGAAGCUUGUUCGAAUCCAGAAAGGGGCAUACUCACCACAUAUGGCUCCAGCUACACUCUACCAAGGGACUACAUGCCUGGUGGGCCAGACGUGGCGGAAUUGGCGCCCAACAAGGCACUGCCGAUCUUGUGCGCAGAUGUGUUUGAAGACGGUGACGACCCUUUUCUUCGGAUCAAGUCCCGCAGCAGUCGCACGGAUUUUGGCCACGCCCCGCCUCCGGCGCUGUUUUGGACCGCACGCUUCGCUUUCAGCCCUGGCAGCGUAGUGCGGGAGGUCCCGUACGACCCCCACCUUGAAUACGUGUUUUUUGGCGAGGAGAUUUCCAUGGCGGCCAGACUUUGGACCUCAGGUUGGGAUUUCUUCAACCCAUCGCGGGAGAUCGCCUACCACUUGGCCAGUCGAGCCCACCGAUAUUGGUUCCGCGAGGUGCAGACUGGACAGCAUCAAAGGACCAUGGAGGAGCAGGGGAAGUUCCGGAUUUGCGGCAUGCUCGGCACGGAGUGGCAAGGUCUUCACCAAGCGCCCGAGCGCCCUUACGGCCUGGGCCUGGUGCGGACGCUGACGGAGUACGAGGCCUUCGCGGGCGUCGACUUCAGCGGUCGGAGGCUCGAUGCGCGCGCGCGGCUGGGAGGGCAACGCCCCGAGGUCUUUGGGCCGACGUGGGCCGAUGAGCAGAGGGAGGGCCUCUUGCGGUCGGCUCAGCUCAAGGAUGUUCAGAGUUGGGCUGGGAAGGGUGCAGACGCCCAAAAGGCCCAAGUCCCACAGCAAGCGAAGGGAGAGGAUGAGAGGCCCAGGGCCUUGGCACGGCUGCGGAUUCAUUCCUUGCGAUCGCAGCCCGACAGCGGACUCGUGCAACUGGAGCUCUGCAAAGCCUUGGCCGCCCUGGCAGAGCUGGAGGCGAGCAGCGGGCAAACUCAUGCUGCGGAUGCCGCAUGCAAGCAGGCGGAGCUGCAUUUACGGAAUGCCAAGGCGGAUGGAGAUGACUUGCGGGCUUCUUGCUGUUUGGCAGAAGCCAUGGUGAGAAUGAGCCAAGGCAGCUUUGAUGUUGCCAAGCGCCUGCUACAUCAAAGCCUGCAGUAUGUCGCGCAGGCCUUCAGCCAGGAAGCACUGCAGCUGGCUUGUGAGAUAGUCGAGGCGAUCCACACGGUGCAUGAGAGAACUGACGACCGCAAGGGCCUGCGCGUUUUUCACGAGGGCCUUAAAUGCUUGCUAGGUGCGAUUCGGGCACUAGAUCCCGAGCCGUGCCAAGAAGUGCCGCAGCUCACAGCAAAUCACUCGCCGCCGGACGGUCAGCAGCUUGAUCCUGUUGCUCAGUUGUUGGAGCGGAUGGUUCUGGUGCUUGUGGCAACUGGCUGCGACCAGGACAUGGACGUGGUGAAGAGCGUUUUUCAGCAGUUUCGUGUUGCGCGGGAGAGCCCGGGGCUCUUGCGACUGCUGGCGAUGCUGCAAAGCUCGGGGCAUUUGCUUUGAACCCUUUUGCGUAG